AUGUCAACUAUCCAGAAUACUACAUCCUCUUCCAUCGUUUUCCUGCUAACUGGUGUUCCUGGACUGGAAGCUUUCCACACCUGGAUCUCCAUUCCCUUCUGCUUUCUCUAUGUCACUGCCCUUUCAGGAAACAGCCUCAUUCUCUUUGCCAUUAUCUCUCAGCCCAGCCUCCAUGAACCCAUGUACUAUUUCCUUUCCAUGCUCUCCACCACUGACCUUGGCCUGUCUAUAUCUACUCUAGUCACCAUGUUGGGUAUAUUCUGGUUCAAUGCCAGGGAGAUCAGCUUUAAUGCCUGCUUGUCACAGAUGUUCUUUAUUAAACUCUUCACUGUCAUGGAAUCCUCAGUGCUUUUGGCCAUGGCCUUUGAUCGUUUUGUGGCCAUCUCUAAUCCUCUCAGGUAUGCCACCAUUUUAACUGACUCCAGAAUAACACAGAUUGGAGUGGCAAUUGUCAUUCGGGGCACUGUAAUGUUGACACCAAUGGUAUCGCUCCUGAAAAGACUGUCGUUCUGCCGCAGCCACGUGCUCCACCACUCCUACUGCUAUCACCCAGAUGUGAUGAAGCUCUCCUGCACAGACACCAGGAUCAACAGUGCAGUCGGUUUGACUGCCAUGAUUUCUACUGUUGGCGUAGACUCGGUCUUAAUCCUCUUUUCAUAUGUGUUGAUCAUAAAGACGGUUCUCAGCAUUGCAUCCCCAGAAGAGAGGAAGAAGGCCUUUAGCACCUGUAUCUCCCAUAUUGCGGCUGUUGCUAUCUUCUAUAUUCCAUUGAUCAGUCUAUCUUUUGUCCACAGAUUUGGGAAACGAGCACCACCCUAUGUACAUACUAUGAUUGCUAACACUUACUUGCUGAUUCCCCCUGUAAUGAAUCCCAUAAUCUACAGUGUAAAGACCAAACAAAUACGUAGAGCUAUUGUAAAAAUUCUCCAUCCUAAAGAAACAUAG